AUGAACAGAGAUCGGAGAAGGGACGGCGACGGUCUCACGGAGUUCAACGGACAUCAUCACAGCGGAGCGCCGAUGGGAGGAACUUGCCGGAAACAGAGCCUGUAUUUGGGUUGCUGUCUGCUGAGUCUUGUUCCCGUCGCUAGCGACGGAGACGAAGGGGUUCGAUGGCAGGCUUCGACGGAAACAGAGCAACGAGCCAAGAUCCAAUGA